GCAGUCCCUAUGUGAAACUCUUCCACACAUGUGUCUAAAUCAAUAUAUCAUCAUCAAAAUAAAAGUGUGAUUGGUUAAAUGUGUGCUUCUCUUCUUUUUUUUUGUGCUUCUCUUUUCUAUUGUACAACAAAAAUAGCAAAAACAAAAUAGCCACCCGUGCCUUUUGUUUUUUUCCCUUUAUAUAAUCACAAAGGGUUAGGAUUGAAACUUUUUCAUCUUUCCUUUUUUCUCUCCAAAUCAUAUAUGAUAACAUAAAAAAUGGUCAAAUUUUUCUUAUGAACAAUUCAUGUAUAUAGGAACGUAAAGGAAUUGUUUUCUGUUUUGGGUUUGUCAAAUUAAGCAAAAAGUUUCAAUCUUUUGAUAGAAAAAAACUAAAGAAAAAUCAUUUAUUUAUUUAUUCUAUUUGAAAAAUUUGUAAAAAGUGCUCAUAAUUGAAAUCUCUAUAAAGAUACAAUUUUUAUAGAUAUUUUUAGUGAUAACAUUGUUUGGAAAUCACAAAAUCAAAAGGGUGAUUUGUUUUUGAGGAAUGAGAGCAAGAAAGAAUGGAUUUCUGGCCAGAGUUUCUUGCAAGUAGUUCAGGUAGAGAAUUUGUUGCAGGUGGAUUUGGAGGAACUGCUGGUGUAAUUUCUGGUUACCCUUUGGAUACCCUUAGAAUCAGACAACAGAGUGGUCACAAUGGUUCUGCUUUUAGCAUCCUUAGAAAUAUGGUUUCUAAAGGAGGAUUUGCUUCUUUGUACCGUGGAAUGGGUGCACCAUUGGCAUCAGUUACUUUUCAGAAUGCUGUGGUUUUUCAAACAUAUGCAGUUCUUUCAAGGGCAUGUGACUCAUCAGAUUCUGCUAAAGACCCUCCAUCCUACAAGAGUGUUGCAUUAGGUGGAAUGGGCACAGGGGGUCUUCAAAGUUUAUUGCUUUCCCCUGUGGAGCUGAUUAAAAUUCGACUUCAACUGCAAAACACAAACCAGUCAAAAGAAUCAGGAAUAAGUCCUUCAAAAGUAGUUAAAAAUAUAUGGAGAAAAGAGGGUUUGCGCGGCAUAUAUCGAGGACUUGGUAUCACUGUAAUGAGGGAUGUACCUUCUCAUGGAGUUUACUUCUGGACAUAUGAAUACAUGAGGGAACAAUUGCAUCCAGGUUGCAGAAAAGAUGGUCAAGAAAGUUUGAAUACUAUGUUGGUGUCUGGAGGAUUAGCAGGGGUAGCGAGUUGGGUUUGUUGCUACCCUAUUGAUGUUGUAAAGACAAGGCUACAAGCUCAAACACCGUCUUCGUUAAAAUACAACGGUGUUUUUGACUGUAUCGUAAAAAGCGUCAAAGAAGAAGGAUACCUUGUGUUGUGGCGUGGUUUAGGAACUGCAGUCUCCAGAGCAUUUGUUGUGAAUGGUGCUGUAUUUGCUGCUUAUGAAUUUACACUGAGGUUUCUGUUUAACAAUGAAAACGUUCAAAUUCAGGAAACAAUUUAGGAUAGCAGGUGAACUCAAAACAAUCAAAAUUCAGAUGUUAUAUUCAAUAUAAAACAUUUUAUAUUCAUACACAAUAUAAUUGCCA